AUGGCCUCCCUUAAGGAUGAUGCUUGGCCGGAAGCUGAUCCAUACAAAACGUCAGCGAUGAAGCGUCAAGGUUUUCACCCAUAUCGCAAUCUUCUAACUUUAAUUCAACAGUCUGCCGUUUUCUCCAAACCGCUGGCUUUUUCAAGAGCGAGAAAAACCACUGCAAACGAGCCAGCGGAAAUUAAAAUGCUGUAUUUAUUCCAGGUAGGAAAUUGGUUAUUCUUAUGCUUUGGAGCGUUACUACUUGCAUGUGGUAUAGCAGUAAUACUACUGUGUCGAAUACAGAGUUUAGCAUUUACGCGACACCAGCGUCGCACUGGCAGUGGUCGACGACGAACACGCCCAUGUAGACGUGAACCACUUCCGGUUUGGACGGUUGAUGCAAUUGAUCCAAGUUUUAGGCCGCCCCCAACUUACUAUGAGGCAAUACAUUGUUCUCCACAUGCACCUGGGAAUUCAGGACAAACGGCGGUAACACAACCAGCUUCAGUAACUCGACCACCCCCUUAUACGGCAACAGCUCCGUCACCCCAACGAACUACCGAUGUAUAA